AUACCGUCACUUUUUGUUUGAAAUGUUAAAUUUGAGGUUAGGUGGUAAGAUUGAAAACUUGUUUGUAAUUACAGCUUUUAUGCCCGAUGUCUCGGUUAUUACCAUUUAUUUGUAAGCGAACUUUGCGUCCUAAACGAUUAAUACAAGUACUUACUCCCAAUGUUUGCAUGUUACCAAAUAGUACUAAAUUCUCCACGAAAUCGCCUAAGAAUAUUUACCUAGUAGACGACACAGAUAACGAAAAUCAUGGUCCACAGCGAAACUCCAACAUUUACACAUAUCGCACAUACACUUGCACGGAACUUCGACGUGAAAAUGUCGGCGAAAGAGUCACGUUAUGCGGUUGGUUGGAAUUUCAACGAAUGAAUAAAUUUCUGGUGAUACGAGACGGAUAUGGACAUACUCAAUUGCUUAUUAAAGAUCAAGAUGUUGAAACACAACUGCUAGUUAAAACUCUACCAUAUGAAUCCGUUAUAAAAGUGACUGGUACAGUUUUGACACGGCCCGAAGGGAUGAUAAACAAAAACCAGGAAACUGGUGAAGUUGAGGUAUUAAUUGAAACGUUCGAGGUACUCAAUAAAGCAAACGAUAACUUACCGUUUAAUAUACGAGAAUACCAGAAAGCGAAGGAGGCCCUUCGUAUGAAGUUUCGAUAUAUUGAUUUACGGUUUGAGGGUAUGCAGAGGAAUAUGAGGGUUCGAUCUGAUUUGUUAAUGGCUAUGCGCACGUACCUUGUCAAUGAGUGUAACUUUGUUGAUGUGGAGACUCCGACAUUGUUUAAAGCGACUCCUGGUGGUGCGCAAGAGUUCAUCGUUCCCACUCGAUUCCCUGGUCAAUUUUAUUCCUUGGUUCAAAGUCCCCAACAGUUUAAGCAAAUGCUUAUGGCAGGAGCAAUAGAUAGAUAUUUUCAAAUAGCGCGCUGCUAUCGUGAUGAAGGCUCGCGCUCUGAUCGACAACCCGAAUUCACUCAACUCGACAUAGAGAUGUCGUUCACAGACUGCAAGGGUGUUAUGAAUCUUGUCGAAGAACUGCUUCAAUACUCCUGGCCUAGCAUCUUAAAACCACUACCUCGCCGAUUUCCCCAAAUAACUUAUAAGGAAGCGAUGGAAAAAUAUGGAACAGACAAACCAGACUUACGAUUUCACUUUCAUCUUCAAAACUGUACAGUUGCAUGUAAGAAAUUAGCGACAACUGAUAACUUUGCAGCAUACUACAUACUAUUUGAAGAACCACACGUUCAUCUAUCCACGUCUAUUAAGCAAAAAUUAAAGCGACUUUCACAGAAUUAUCCCAAAGCCAAAUUUAUUCAAAGUAAAAUAACUAAUUGGAAGGAUUGGUUUUUGAGGAUGUCGGGUGUUUUUGGGGAAGAAAGCUGCGACAUUUUACGCCAGUUGAUUCACGCGAAGGGUAAUUCCGUCCUGUUUUUGGCAUAUGGAGAUUGGAAACAUGUGGUGUCACUGUUAGGCACGUGCCGUUUGGAGUAUGUUGAACAUGUAGAAGCGCAAGGUAUUAAGGUAAAGGAUGACAGUUUCCAUCCGGUUUGGGUGACCGACUUUCCACUUUUUGAGGAGGGGGAAAACGCGAAUGGUCUACAAUCCAACCAUCAUCCUUUCACAGCACCUCAUCCGGAAGAUGUUGGUUUACUGCAGACGGAACCUUUGAAAGCUCGUAGUUUGGCAUACGAUUUGGUACUGAAUGGAAAUGAGAUUGCCGGUGGAUCAAUUCGUAUUCACGACAGCCGCCAGCAAAAGUUCAUCUUUGACUUGCUCAACAUUGACGAUCAGAAAAUGACUUACAUGCUUGAAAUGUUAGCAUCGGGCUGUCCUCCACAUGGAGGUAUUGCUCUUGGACUAGAUCGCUUACUUGCCACUAUGUUGAACACGCCAAGUAUUCGUGAUGUCAUAGCAUUCCCUAAAACUUUUGAGGGGCGCGAUCCUAUCACUGGAGCACCAUCGCCCAUUAACGAGCAUGAUAAGAAAUUGUAUAGUAUAGACAUUAGUAAUAAAUCUUCAUAAU